AAGGCGCAUGCAUGGAGACCCAACAGCAAGACGAGACUGUGCUUAGGGAGCCGUCAAAACUCAGCUUUGAAAGCCAGAGGACACGAAGGUCUAUAUUGGCGUCGUAUUGGAUCGUUAUCUUUCUUGCACUUCCAUUCUGGUGGCAUACUACCAGCAUCGAGCGGCUAUCCUUACCUUCAGCUCGCGUGCGUGCCCAAGUUGAAAAGGAGCUCGCCUUCCCCGUAACUAUUGAUCUGGAUGCCACGAAUUCAAGUCUAGACAUUCAAUCAUUGAAAAAUGAUUUCCGCCAACUCCAAAAACCUGUGCUGUUGUCUUCACAGCGAUGGAAAGGUAUUGAUAUGCAACUGCGUUUGAAGGAGGAUAGAGGUACGCAGGUUGUUCCCAUCCCCGGUACAUAUUCGGUCGCUGUUGGCAAGGCUGGAGCCUUGGGCCCCAAAAGGCAGCUGACAAUAUCUGAGAAUGAUGUUCCGUCUUUACUUGAAAUUUUGUCUCGUCUAGUCGCACCUUACCAUACCUCGGUGGACUCCGAUUUACGAGAACAACGGGUGGUUCAAUAUGCAGCUCGAUACCGCCUUGCAUUCUCUUUACUAAACGAGGAUGCUUCCCUUGGACAAACAAUCACUGGUUGGGAUGUUGACAACGCAAUAGCUGAAUAUCUCUCGCCUACUUUAUCGAGUCUUUCGGUGUUACACAACUUCACCAUAGAAAGUCAGGUGCAAUUACAUGCACCAUUAGCAUUUGCACCGCAACCUGUCACGGUCGGAAAUGACAGCGCACACGGUCUUAGCCAGGAAGAUCUCACCGUUUUCAUAAAUUCUGCACACUGGACAUUAUCGUCUAGCGUAUCCAACGAUCCAGUUUUGCAUUUUGUACUGUUCGUGCCAUCCUCCACCCAGAAACCUCUGUACAUCCUCGAUGAUUUUGGUUCCCCGACGGAUUCAAGCUCCUUUUUAUUACCACAAUGGGGCGGUGUUUUCAUACUCAACAUUGCAGGCGAGGCAGCUGACAAACUAUCUCUAUCUCGAUCACAUCUCCAGCCUGUCUUCUCUGCGUUCCGUCACCAGCUUCUGGCCCUUCUGGGUGUCCCCCCGAUUCCUGCAGGGAUGAAUCUAGUGGACGAUGAUCCCUUGUCUGAUUGGCAACUCGAUGCUGUCCUACGGCGUCGCGCACUAGAAGCCACUCAGGGUGCCCAGGAAACCCUGUACAGCAUCGUGAAAUUAGUGGAGCAAAUUGACAACAUGCCUGUGGGUCAACAUGUCAAAGGAGACGUGCAAGAUGCUCUUACAGCGCUCGAACAGGUGUACAAGGUAUCACCAUCCUCGCCUACGCUCGCGCUUCGUUGGUCCAGCGAGGCGUUUUCCUUGGCUUCUCGCGCCUUCUUUAAUCCUGGAAUGUUAGCACUACUAUAUUUUCCUGCUGAACACAAGUAUGCAGUCUACACCCCACUAUUUGCAUCCAUCACAUUUCCGCUAGUAGUUGCGUUGGGCAGAGAAAUUCUAGCUUGGUGGCGGGAUCGACGUCAACAGUCUAGGCGAUAAUAGAUUCAUAAAUAGUAACAAUGUUGUCGAUCACCUGAACAAAACUUACUAUAACCCAGACUUUCAU